AUGUCGAGUCAUGGAGUCCUGCGACAAUCAUCAGCAAACAAGAGAACAGAGGCACAGCGGCAAGCUGAACUCAAAGCUAUAGAUGAAUACCACACACUUGAUAAGUUAGUUCUCGAAAAGAAAGAGAAGCAUGAUUUUUCCAAGGAAGCAUUUGACAAGACUUCGGAACUACUUCUUAAAAAUGCAGAAUACUAUACCAUAUGGAAUUACAGACGCAUGAUAUUGCAGUCUAUGUUUGUAGAGCGUUCUACACAAGAUGAGGGGCAGCCUGUUGACCAAACUCAGAAGCUUAUCCAACAAGACCUAGGUUUCCUCGUACCACUACUACAGAAGAACCCAAAGUGCUAUUGGAUCUGGAAUCAUCGGCUAUGGCUUCUACAGCAAGCAACUGAACGCCUAGAGCCUGCCGUUUCACGGAAUUUUUGGGAAACCGAGCUUGGCUUAGUUGGGAAGAUGCUUAAUAGAGAUGGACGGAAUUUUCACGGCUGGGGGUAUCGACGAGCGGUGGUUGAUGCACUUGAAAGUAUACCUGACGAACCAUCCGAAUCGACUGUUAAAGAGCCUCCGAAGAGUAUGACACAAGAUGAACUAGAGUAUACCAUGAAAAUGAUUGGAACCAACCUAUCGAAUUUCUCGGCAUGGCACAACCGGUCAAAACUGAUCCUCAAGGUCCUGGAUGAAAGUGCAGCUGAUAAUAUAAAGAGGAAAAAGACUCUUGAUAAUGAGCUGGGCCUCAUUCACCGUGCAUUAAUUGACCCAUAUGACCAAUCGAUCUGGUUCUAUCAUCAAUAUUUAAUGAGUGUCUGCGAUAUAGAGCUUGCCCCUCAUACAAUGGCACCGAACCUGACUACCAGUGACCGCCUGCAGUAUCUCGAGCAAGAAAUUGAAGCUAUUGAGGACAUACUGGAGGAUACCAACGAUUGCAAAUGGAUAUACCAAGCGCUGAUCACCUAUACCCUGCUUGUUGCUAAAAUUAACAACCAAGUGGAUGACAUGCAGCAACAAAGGGUUUCAAUAUGGCUUACCGAGUUGAUGCGACUGGAUCCAUUGAGGAAAGGUCGAUGGGAUGAUCUGAAGAAGUCGUUGGCCACGCCAGACGCGUUAUUAUCAAAGCACUGA